AUGGUUGAACGAAAAAACCGUGAUAUGAAGACACAACUUUCAAUACUGCUCGACCAUGAACAUACAAACUGGCCAAAUAAACUACCGGCUAUUCGGUUUGCAAUGAAUUCAACCCGAUGUCAAACAACCGGAUAUACCGCAGCAUACCUUAUGUUCACUCGAGAACUGAGAACCCCCGAAGACAUCAAACACGAUCUCCAGAUCACUCCUCGGUUGGUUUCCCUAGCAAAUACGUUGAGGGAAGUCAAAGACACCCAGGAAACACAGCAAGAUACCCGGAAAAAAUAUGCAGACCAAAAACGUCGCCCCGCUCCCAUAUUCAAACCCGGAGACGAAGUUCUAGUGAAUACCCACUCACUUAGCAAAGCCUCCCUUGGUCAUACCUCUAAAUUUGCUCCAAAACGUGAUGGUCCCUAUGUGAUCCUCAAUGCCAAGGAACCCUGUAGUUACGAAAUAGCUGCCAAAUCAAAUCCCACGGUUCCUCUGGGAACAUAUCAUACAUCGGCCCUAAAACAUUUUAUCACUACCAACGAUCAGGAGGUCACGCCUAUACAACCCAUUAGACGUCGAGGAAGACCCCGAAAGAAAAAUUAG